UUUAAGUGCAUCUCAAUGUCUUUGGAGAGGAGUAACAGAUGUCCGAAAUGUAAUUUCGUUGUCGAACAGGUCUUUCCCAACUUCUUGCUGAACGAAUUAAUCACAAAACACCACAAAUUGGUUCUCCAGAAGAAGAUUGACGCCGGAAAAAAUAACCCGCGAGAGAUGACUGAUUUGCAGGAACUACUUAUCACUAAAUCGGAUCAAUUGGAUUUGUCUGAUGUUAAUCUAUUGCUCGACUCAUUAGCUCAACGAAAAAUACUCUUAGAAGCCAGUUGUAAAGAAAUUGAAAACGAUUUGUUGAAGGAUUUUCUACUACAAGUGCGUAACCAUAAACAGGAACAGUUGGACCAAUUGACUCGUGAGAUUCGUCUCAUCGAUGAAGACUGUCGUCGUGUCGACGAUCUCAUCGCCAACGAAGCGCUUAACAAAUUGAAUGCAACCAUUAAUAACGCGGCGGCGAAUGCGGACAACAGCGGCAAUAACGCCGACUCUACCGGUUCUGCGCUCGAGCGAGACGUGUGGCCGUCGCCCGAACCCAGCAGUAGCAGCGGUCUGGGCGUCGGCGGUGGCGGCAGUAGCGCCAGCAGUGGCUCAACAGUUCCGUGUCUGGACAGUAGUGCGGCCUUCAAUCGGCACAGUUUGUCGGCCAGUGAUAUGAAACAGCCGUGGCUUCAGUCGUCGCUCAGCAGUCGGCGCAAGAAAAUGCACUUCCAUUUCGAG